AUGGCUAGUUCGUUAGAGCUCCCUAAAUUUGAGCCAGACCGAGACCGACUGGUCUGGUACUUGGCAUAUGGAUCCAACCUCUCGUCGCAGACCUUUCGUGAGGAUCGACAGAUCACACCUCAAGCGGCUGUUACUAUUACGGUCCCCGGUUGGCGUUUAACCCUAUCUAGCGCUGGCUUUCCUUAUCGUGAGCCCUCAUUCGCGUCCAUCGUAAAUGUUGGCUCAGCAGGACCCACCGACGAAAAACAUGAUGGACCGUGCGAGCUGCCCCUGCACGGGACGGCCUAUCUGAUCACUUGGAGCCAGUGGAUAAAGAUCGUCGCCUCUGAAGGGGGCGGGAUUGUUUACAAGGAGGCUCUGUUACGGGGACAGCCCAUCCAGCCACAGGAUCAACAGCGUUGGGGUGCAGAACUCUCUGUGUUGACGCUGGUCAGCACGAUGGAACGGUGGCCGGAGCCUCGACCGAGCCAGCGCUACAUGGGUCUCAUUCUUGACGGUGCCCGAGCUGCAGACUUUCCGGCCAGUUACAUUGCCCAGAUUCGUCACAAACAUCCCUGUUAUCAGCCUCCGUCUACGACGUGGGAACGCAUCGGUGCCACCCUCUUUCUGGGGUUCUGGACUCCGGUUCUAACGCUUCUCAGUCUCCUGACUCAUGCCGCUGCUCGUGCUGGGCCUGGUGAUGACGGCCACGUGCCGGAAGGGGUGCGCGCUCUGGUGCGAUUUGCCAUGUUCACUAUGUGGUGGGUUCACGACCUGAUCUGGUCGAGAAUUUGGGGUCGUGGUGACGGACUCUUUCCGGGCGCAAUGCAACUCAAUGGAUAA